AAAAAAAAAUACUGGUCUGUGUGGUCUGUGGUUCUGCGGACGGACGUCGUUUCGACUUUUGUAUUCCAUCAUGCAAUAAUUUUUUUCAUUCAUGAAUACAUCGUAUAAAAGUGUUUUAAAUGGUGUCGCCGUCGUGAAAACUAGUUAGAUUUUAGUUUAAAAUGAUAUUUUAGUGUUUGAUUUCCCAUAGUUCGUGUUAGUUCUUAAUAGGUCUGUGACAAGUACGGUAAUGGUGGCCAUGUCAUGAAAAUCCCCACAGCCAUGGAUGAUAGCUCCGUAUCUCAUCAUAACGGAGGGCAAGUGGGAUCUCAGAUAGGAGUUAGUGUAAAUAACAAACAAAAUGAAGAAUCUAGUCAAAGUGUCCAGUAUUCAAUACCGGGCGUUUUGCAUUUUAUCCAACACGAAUGGGCGAGAUUCGAACUGGAGAGAUCACAAUGGGAGGUGGACAGAGCAGAGUUUGAGGCACGGAUCGCCUUCCUACAGGGUGAGAGGAAGGGCCAAGAAAAUCUAAAGAAUGAUCUUAUAAGGCGGAUUAAAAUGCUCGAGUAUGCAUUAAAACAGGAAAGAGCAAAGUUUCACAAACUGAAGUAUGGUGUAGAGCUUCAGCAGGGCGAUAUGCGCCCUCCGCCUGAAGAGCCGCCGCAAGAACCUGAGCCUGCGGAACGAGCUCAAUGGAAACAGGGGCGUCAACUCAUUAAACAAUACCUACAGGAAAUAGGAUAUACAGACACCAUACUUGAUGUACGUUCAAACAAAGUUAGAACAUUAUUGGGAUUAAAUAAUGACGAACAGGCGGAGGAUCCUAGUUACAGAAACUGUGACAAACAGCAACACUAUUCAAUGAACACUGCCCUGAGUCGCAAGAUGUAUGACUAUGGUAAAGAGCAGCGAAAAGGAGGUGUGUCGCAAGGAGGAGGCUACAAUGAGGAGGGCCUUUCCGUGCAGGAGACGGCGGCGGUGUUCGCCAAUUUCGAAUUCCUUGCUAAUCAAGAAAUGGACAUGGACGAGAUAGAUGACUUGGAUGCCAAACAAAUGCACCAUUCCACGGGGAAACAAGGUGAAGAAGUUGACAAUGAGGCGGAGGAAGUAUUAAACGAGCUGAACCUUCUAACAGACAGCGAAACUGACGGUGGUGGCCAGGGAGAUGAAUAUCCUCCUGUGAAGUUCCCGCACGGCGGCGUGGCGGGCGCGGGCGGCGGCGAGGCGGACGAGAAGCCGCUGGCGCUGGGCGAGCUGGCGCAGCUCACGGUCAGCAACGAGGCGGAGGGCUACGACGUGGCCAGCACCAGCAAGGAGUCCUUCCGCAAGACGUGGAACGCCAAGUACACUCUGCGCUCGCACUUCGACGGGGUGCGGGCGCUCGCCUUCCACCCGACCGAGGCGGCGCUGGUGACCGCGUCGGAGGACCACACGCUCAAGCUGUGGAACCUGCAGCGCACCGUCCCCGCCAAGAAGUCGGCGGGGCUCGACGUGGAGCCGCUGUACACGUUCCGCGCGCACUCGGCGCCCGUGCUGUGUCUCGCCAUGGGCGUGCCGCGCUCCGAGGAGUGCUUCUCGGGCGGCCUGGACGGCACCAUCCGCGUGUGGAACCUGCCGCCGCCUGCCGCCGACCCCUACGACCCCUACGACCCCGCCGUGCAGGGCCCCGUGCUGCGCGAUCACACGGACGCGGUGUGGUCGCUGGCGUGCGCGCAGGGCCGCCUGCUGUCGGCGUCGGCGGACGGCACGGCGCGGCUGUGGGCGCCGCGCGCGCCGCGCCCGCUGCUGGCCACGCUGCGCGACGACGCGGCCGUGGGCGCCGCCGCGCCCGCCGCCGCCGACUUCGCGGACGCCGCUUCGCGCGCCGCCGUCGUCUACAACGACGGCAAACUGCUACUCUACGAUCUGGAAACCGGACAGGCCGUGCUGCGCGUGGCGUGCGACAGCGCCGCGCACCGCGUGCGCGCGCAUCCCACGCUGCCGCUGCUGGUGACGGCGCACGAGGACCGCCACAUCCGCUUCUGGGACGCGGGCUCGGGCCGCGUGGCGCACGCCAUGGUGGCGCACCUGGACGCCGUGACGGGGCUGGCGCUGGACCCCAACGGCCUGUUCCUGCUGUCGGGCAGCCACGACUGCUCCGUGCGCCUGUGGAACCUGGACAGCAAGACGUGCGUGCAGGAGAUCACGGCGCACCGCAAGAAGUUCGACGAGAGCAUCCUGGACGUGGCCUUCCACCCGCUGCGGCCCUACAUCGCCAGCGCGGGCGCCGACGGGCUCGCCAAGGUGUUCGUGUGAGCGCCGCCGCCUCCCCGUGUAUAGACAUUUGAAAUUAUUAUAAUAUAUUUUUAGAUUUUCAGUACAUGAAUUUAGGUUUUUAUCGCAACUUUUUCACCGAUUUUACGAUACGCAGUGAGAAUAAUACUGUUCGUUUCUGUAAAGCCGGCUACACACGCGCAGUUGUCUGACAGUUGUAACUGCACGUUGGACUGUUCAGUUAAAUCGUUAUUAUGUGUAGGCAAAACUAUCAACUGAACAGUUGAACUGACAAUAAACUUUAUGACUAAUCAAAUUAUUAUUUGAUGACUGAUCAGUUACAAGUGCGCAUCUGUAGCCGUCUCGAGCGAGACCUUUGUAAUAAAUAUCACGAGGCGUUUCCUCGAUACGUUACGUGUCUGUACAGUUAGAUUUUAUGCAGUAUUUGCUAAUGAUUGCAAACGAGUGAUUCGAUUAGCUGGUACGUUUUAUUUAAAUAAAUCGGAACUAAAUAUAUAAUAUAGUUAGUAUAUUAUCUUGUUUUGUCACUUGUAUUGAAUAACUAUGCUCUCACGAUAUCUUAUAUGAAUUAUGAGCGCGCGAACAAAAAUGAAUGAGUAGAAGUACUAUAUGGGAAGUAACAUAAGUAAUGUUUGUUCAUAACGCAUACUGCGAUGUAGAAUAUAUAUAUAUAUUAUAAAACAUUACAUAUUAUUCCUUUAUUUUCCUCGAAUUCUUGUACAUCAAAAAUUGAUAGUAAAAAACAACGUAAUCGAAA